AUGCGUGACCAGCCUGGGCUCGAGGUCGUUGUGCCUCGAGCUGACCUGGAAGUCGCAUCGCAAUCUUAUUCAACAUCACAAAACCACUAUGCAUAUUCGGAUAUCUCUCCCGAAGUCGUGCCGAUUGAGCUUCUUCAUCGUCAAUCGCAUAGACCAGAAGCAAUCUAUGCUUUCGGGAGUGAAAAGGAGUUGAUAAACAAUCCUUCGGGGGUGCGGGGUCACGGACUCGCCAAUCUAACCGAAAAGUCUUUCAAUGUAGUCGGUAGUAGGCGUAGCGACAGCGUAUCCUCAACAGCAGCACUGGGUACGCCCACAUCGUCAUCUUCGUCGUCGCCGAUAUCUGGUGUUACGUCUUCUCGUCCAAUCCAAUCAAACUCCGGUUUAGCCGUGGCGGGGUGGCGUACGCAAAACGAGUUUUUCAAUUUCCGUGUUUUCUAUCAAGAUCAGGAUGACGCCCUUCGAUUUUCGGAGUACCAAAGCGACGGUGCCGGCUGGGGAAAUUCAACAAAGGUGAACAGAGAAGAUGUCAUGUUGAACACGACUCUUGGAGCUACUAUAAUACUCGAAAAUAACCCGCCGCAGUACGAGCUUUUCUUCCAGAACACUUCAUCUCUGGUCCCACACUGUGGAGAAACCAGUCCUUGGACAUCGUCGCAUCUGAAGGAACCUCUUGAGAUUGGCGGAUCGUAUAAGUCGUCAUUUAGUGCUUUUACAGUAGCCCGAGAAAAAGACCUUAAUAACGGUACCAAUAUGUACAUCUUAUACCAAACCGAAUCGAACGAUCUCGAUUAUGUUUACUCUAAAGGGGAUUCAUGGGAACUUGGAUCGUCUUCAGAUGUCCUCAAAAACGCAGACCCCUCUACUGAUAUCACGUUUCUUACCGAGUCGAUCUGGGAUGGCAAGGCAGUCAUGUCAUCGACAUAUGAUAUGAGUAGAUGCUACUUUUAUUCCAGAGGACAGAUCAAACAGGUGAAAUUCAAUGGUUCACUGUGGACGGAAGCUGAAAACAUACCAUACCCUUGA